AUGGAGUCAACGUCUCAAGUCUCGCGGCCCGUGAAGCCACGAGCGAAACGUGUAGAAAAAGCGUCGUCGCUCAAGAAUCGAGCGUGGUGGUGGACAGAUGAGGCUGCAAACAGUGACACGGAGCGUACUGUCGCUUCCAGCGAGACGGAACUGCUGAAUGCCGCUGUGUUGUGUGCAGCGCUGUCUGCAACGCAGUCGGAGCCGUUAGAUGCUGAUGGGUCAACGAACGAUCGAGCUGUGCAUGAGCUGGAGAUGCACGUGCGGAAGUCGCUGCUGCCGCACAGUCUGCAGUUUCCAGUGCUGGUGUUCACAUCCGACUACGUGGUGAUGCAGUCGGAGCUCGCUGUGCUCUGUGCAGUGCGAGCCACAAAACCUGCUGAUGUUCUGCAGACAGUGAUCGGCUCAGCCGCUCCUUUUUCGCGCCCAUAUGUCCAUCGAUUCGGUGGAGCGAGGAUCCAUGCGCCGUUCUGGAAGCGAACACAGCGUCUUGACUUGCAAGACAUACACCAAAAAGCACGACAAGCUAAAAAAAUGCUGCUGUUGUGCGGCCACUCUAUCGGCGGCAGCAUUGCGCAGCUAGCCUUCUGCGAAUUGGUGUACCUAUAUCUUCCCACGAAGACGCGACUGUUAUUGGAGAAGCGAGACUACGACGAGCAGAAACGAGAAGAACAAAGUACGAGAACAAGUGAAGCUGUGGACUUCCGACUGAUACUACAAAGCAUGGAAAAAGAAGAACGCGCGGCGAUAACUUGCAGUAUGCCGCAUGUGUUGGCGAUCGGCUUUGGUUCUCCCUAUAUCGGAUCCACGGAUUUGUCGGUCUUUUUGGAGGCACUGAAGCUCACCAAGCGAGUAAUGACGUUUGUAAAUGAGUAUGAUUGUAUCCCGAGCAUACUCAACGUUGCGCAGUCAGCGGCGAUGGUUGCAAAGACAACUGAGCGCUUCGUCACGAUUACAAAAGCGACGAAAGCGCUGGCAAAUUUGCUGCCUGUUCAGAUGCAACAGCGCUUCGUUAACUUGGCAGCAACCAGCAAUACUGGCGUCGUGCCUAAUGCAAGUUCAGCAUACUUAUCGAUGACUUUGAAUAUUCUGCAAAGCACUUUUCGAAAAUUUCGCGAAUUCAACAUAAUGAAAGAAAUCGAUUACCAGUAUUGUCCAUGUGGGACCUACGUUUUUCUAUCAAAGUCCGGAGCCGAUUAUCACAUUUAUUCGGAUCCAGGCACUAUCAGGAAGGCGUUAGGUAAAGAAGAGGACUAUGAUACCACCUUGACGGGCAAUGCUAUCUUACAGCACUUGAUGAGAGCGUACGUCGAUUCCGUCGCACGCCGUUCCAGAUCCGUUCAGAUUAAUGCUUCAAUGGAUUUUUAUGCGCGUCUUGGUGUCCCUCGAAACGCAACAGAGAAACAAAUACGAAGUGCUUACAAGCGGCUAGCACUAGAGUGGCAUCCUGAUCGGUGGGCUAAUAGUUCUGUUAGUCCUCAGGAACGGGCCUCUGCAGAGGAUAUUUUUAAAUUGCUAGCAGAAUCGUAUGAGGUACUGUCCGAUGUUGAAGCACGCAAAACAUAUGACGCACAUUUGACCGAUUCGCCCAGUCUCAAGGAAGAAUUCGUGCGCAAUGGCACUGUAAAUGGAAUGACGCUUGAUGAGGCUUUCGCCACUUUCCAAGAUGUGAUUGAUAACCUUUCUGGGGUGGUGUCAAAGGUGACGUCUCGCUUUUCGACGUCAAAAUCAACGGUGAUAAAUCCGCUGCGAAUGCCACCAUCCGGUAGUAGCAGCCUCAAACCGAACAAUCACGACAACAUCUUUGCACCAGAUCGUAUCCGAGUGUCGCGCACAGUAGGAAUUGGUGCCGACCAGCAUGAGCAAAUCCUGUAUCUGGAACCAGAGGAAAUCAUAGCAGGCGAUGUUGCAGCUUCUAACCAUGCAGCAGGUAGCUCAUCAGCUGCAAAUUCCGGGCUGCGAACCGUUUCUGUGGUUGGCGGGGCUGUUGCUGUUGGAGCGAGCGUUGCGCUUAUCGUGAGUGCUUGGUCGCAGUAUUCGGAAAUGUCGAAGAAAAGGCGCCAGGCAGCAGCGGUGAGAGCCAUGCCCGCUGAAUGUUUGUUGUGGCUGUUGGAAGAUUACCAUGACACGCAGCAUCGAGACACGACGCAGCUGCUUCUCGAACAGGCUGGUGAUCGGGAGCGAAGAAAAGAUGUCAUCUCCCUUGAUAUUUCCGGCUCAAACAUAAAAGCAGGUGAGAGCACCGGUAAGCAUUAUUUUGCCACAGCGCUUGCCACGUUAAAUCAAGAGGAAGAUGCAGCGGAAAAUGAACUUAUCGAAGAUUUCUUCGAUUGUGCUAGCGAGUAUGAUAGUGUUGCACUGGAGGCAAUGGCCGAGGAAGAAUUUUUCGAUUGCGUUGAUCUUAUGGAUGCAGUCGCGAUCCACUUUCGUGAUGACACAUUUGAAGAAGACGAGUACGCGGAUAGUAAACCACGUGAAGAUAGCGGAGCCGGUACUGUGGGUGAGCUUGUUGCUUUCCCCUGUGGUUCAAUUGUCAAUACUCCCUUUGGUCUCGCAACUGUGCAAGAUUGGAGGGAACCGGAACUUGCUGCUGUCGUGCGCUUUUCAUUCAAUGGGCACAUAUUUGGAUACAUUCAGAAAGCGAAUAUCUCACGUGGUGCUUUAGUGGCAAAAGAGGCCGCAAUUUCUACCUUACAAUCCAAGAGAACGAAGCUCGCGGACCGCGUGAUAGCCCGCUACCGUUUGGACAAUGGGGAAGCGAGCAGUAACUUAAAGAAGCUAGUUGCUGCAAGUGGUGACGGUGCUUUGGAUAGUGGAAUUCGUGCAGUUGGUGGUGUAGCAUUGGCGAACGGGAUGGCAAGGACAUCUUCGGCUUUAGGUGGUGUGGCAGCUGCACCGCUUACUAUCGCUUCGAUUCUUGUCGAUAUCGGAAAAGAAUACUACGACUACCGUAAGCGGUAUACUGAUAAGAAGUCUUUAGGUGGACUGUCGAAGGUCACUGAGCAACUACUGAUGCAAGAUUUUCGGCUGAAAACUGGUGAGAUCAUUGCCAGCCGCACAGCAGCAGCGGCAGGUGCAGGCAUAGGUGCAUAUGGUGUAGCUUCAGCUCUGGGAAUGUGGAGCACAGCAGGACUUGCCGGUCCAGUGGGUAUUGUGGCUGCAACAAGUGCAGCUGUUGUCGGUGGCAUGCUAGGUUUUUUUGCUGGCUCGAAGGCAUACUCGGCAUCUACCGCAAGGUAUUUUACAAGCCAGCAAAAUGCAAAGGAACACAUUGAUCGUCUGGAGCUUGGGGCUCGAAUUAUGUUCGACGAAUUUGAUCCUGAAGCCACAGGUACAAUCUCCAAAGAAGAUUGUACAAAGCUAAUGAAAAAGUUGUACGAUGCGAUGGGCUCGGUUUCGGAAAGCAGUUACGAGCGAACCAUGACAGUGGUUCAAGACGAUGCAUUUGAGGGUCCUGUGACGUGGGGAAUGUUCUGGGAGUGGGUAAGCACUGAAGCAGCUCGGGCCCUACGUGAGCUAGAGCAUGAAGAGUUGGAUCAGUCCAAGGGCGUAGGGGGUGCAACGUGGUGGAACAGCUAUUUGACGUAUUUCUCAUACUUUAACUCGAAGUCAGCUGUGCCGCUGCUUGCAGAACCGCGGGCUUCGGUUUACCGGUCUGUCCUUGCUGCAUUUGGGCUAUCUGUAUCCUCACCAGAGGCUGAUGGACCGCGAGCUGAUAAAUCUGAGGAAGAAAGCCUAGUGUUGAAGGUGCAGAUCGAGUUUUUGGUGAACAAUGGCCAUCUGACUGUUAUGGAUGCCUUCCAGCUGCGAGAGCAGCUAGUAUGCGAUGAUCCGGUUGUGAGAGAGGCUGCACGGAAUACCAUUACCGCCCUGAACAAAGGACUGUUGGACAAGGCGUCCGAUCAAAACCUAGUGUGCGACGGAUUCGGCUUUACAGGUGGUGACGCCAUUGAUACAUUUGUUGACGAGCCUGAGCAAGAGCGGGACUCUACUCGCGCACAAACCUCAAAAAUCACCGCCAGAGACCAAGAAAAAAGAAGGAGACACUUGCAUGAUGAACGGGUUGAUGUCAUGUGCUCACUGAUGUCCACCCAGGGUCUGCAGCGGUUCUUGCAGCGACAAAAUAUUUUCGUUUCGACUGCAAACGAAGCACCCGUACGCCACGAAGACUUGCACUGUCUAGCGCUAAUGGCUACUGACAUUACCCUGUCAACGCCAGAAGUAUCGACAUGA